UGUUCUGUUUUUUAGAAACAUCUCCUGAGUUCUAAGAAGAUGUUGCUAAAUUUGUCCCUUUCAGAGUAAAAUAAAUCAUGGCUAAGAUAUAAGACGUUUCCUCCUUUUCCAUUAUCUUUUGCCUCUGCCUGUUCCUGUGUCUUGCAAGUCCUGUCCCUUUCAAUCUGGUGUGGAUGAAACAAUUUUCACUUCUGCUGCUAUCUUCUUGAAAGGAGAUUUUCAUCUGCAAGUAUUUUUGUUUUCUCUCCUGACAGCUUUGAUUUAGCCUUGGAGAUUUCCUCGCCACCACACCAUUGCUGUGAAACAAUUUAACUUUUUCAAGGAUAGUCUUCUCCAAGGAGGAUGGAUGCCUGCAUGGUUGCAGCUGUUUUAGGAGAAUGUUGGAUGGUUUGAGUUGACAGUCUAGCAUAACAAGAAACACCCCUUUAGUUGGACAACGGAUUGUCAUCAAGGCAAACUGAAGUGGAAUAACGACAGAGCAUAAUCAUUCUUUGGCAUGCUUCUUGUAUCCUCAGUGUGGGGACUGCCAGAGAUGUUGCAGACAAUUUACGAAACUGAAUCAUGUUUCUCUUCAGAUGGAGUUUCUGGACGUGAGCCAUCGUUGGAACUCCUGUCACGGGCACAGAUCCACGCCAUACCUGUGGCAGCUAUGGACUUGAAGCCGGUUCUUCCCAUGGUGAUGCAGAGUUCUUGCAACAGCAACAGCAACCCAGUGGAUUUGCGGAUGGAUGCCCGGUCCAAUGUGCCCACUAUGGACCCAACUGCUCGGGAGCAGCAGCUGCAACAGGAACUACUGGCUCUGAAACAGCAACAGCAAUUGCAGAAGCAGCUGCUCUUUGCCGAGUUUCAGAAGCAACAUGAGCACCUAACACGGCAGCAUGAAGUCCAAUUGCAGAAACACCUCAAGCAGCAGCAGGAAAUGUUGGCAGCAAAACGUCAACAAGAACUAGAGCAACAGCGUAAACGAGAACAACAGCGACAAGAAGAGCUGGAGAAGCAGCGUCUGGAGCAGCAGUUACUCAUCUUACGCAACAAGGAGAAAAGCAAAGAAAGUGCUAUUGCAAGCACUGAAGUGAAGCUGAAACUUCAAGAGUUCCUUCUCAGCAAGUCAAAAGAGCCAACUACAGUGGGUGGCUUGAAUCAUUCCCUCUCCCAGCAUCCCAAAUGCUGGGGGGCUCAUCAUACCUCAUUGGACCAGAGUUCCCCUCCCCAGACAGGAAGCCCGGGAACACCAGCCUCUUGCAAACUACCUUUACUUGGCACUUAUGAUAGCAGAGAUGACUUUCCACUCCGGAAAACUGCCUCAGAACCCAAUUUAAAAGUGCGCUCACGAUUAAAACAGAAGGUGGCAGAGAGAAGAAGCAGUCCUCUGCUGCGGAGGAAAGAUGGGACAGUCAUCAGCACCUUCAAAAAACGAGCAAUUGAGAUCACAGUGUCUUCAAUGUGCAACAGUGCUCCUGGAUCUGGCCCAAGUUCCCCAAACAGCUCCAAUUGCGCCAUCACAGAAAAUGGGCUUACUGGGUCAGUGCCUAAUAUACAUACUGAGAUGUUGCCCCAGCACCAAGCUGUUACUGUGGAUGGAUCAGCUAGCCAACUCAGCCUAUACACUUCUCCAUCACUGCCCAAUAUCUCCUUAGGACUUCAGGCAACUGUCACAGUCACAAAUUCACACCUCAAUGCCUCCCCAAAUCUAACCACACAGCAAGAAGCAGAGCGCCAGACCAUCCAAUCAUUGCGCCAGGGAGGUGCCUUGACAAGCAAGUUCCUCAGCAUGUCAUCUAUUCCCAGUUGCCUUCUGGGGGUUGCUCUUGAGGGAGAGACCAAUAAUCAUGGGCACGCUUCCUUGCUUCAACAUGUCCUGCUUCUGGAACAAGCUCGGCAACAGAAUACACUAAUUGCUGUUCCUCUGCAUGGCCAAUCCCCUCUAGUGACAGGAGAUCGCAUCCCCUCCAACCUACGCACUGUAAGCAAGUUGCCUCGACAUCGUCCAUUGAGCCGCACUCAAUCGUCUCCACUGCCUCAGAGCCCCCAAGCAUUGCAACACUUGGUUGUGCAGCAGCAGCACCAACACUUCCUGGAGAAGCAGAAACAGCAGCAGAUUCAACUGGGAAAGAUAAUCACUAAGACUGGUGAGUUGCCACGGCCACCUACCACACAUCCUGAAGAAACAGAAGAGGAAUUGACAGAACAACAGGAAUCGUUGGGGCUUGGUUUGGGCUUGGGCCAGGGGCCCUUUGUGCUGGAUGGGUCGAUAGAAAAUGAAGGGACCCAGGAUGGCUUGGAUGAACAAGAGGAGGACGAGGAAGAAGAAAAUAGGGCAGCCAAAGAGCAAGGCUGUCUCCAAAUGAAAGAUGAAGAUCGAGUGAACAGGCUUGAAGAAGAACAGGAGGUUGAGGAGGUGGGAGUUACUUACAGGCAGGUAUUCGCUGAUGCGCAUCAACUAAGAUCUCUGCAGCUCUAUCAAACUCCCCUGAGCAUCAGCACUGUACCCCAUCAAGCCCUUAGCCGUACCCAGUCUUCACCUGCUAGCACUAGUCUGAAGAACAGUACACCUGAGCCAUUGGUCCAUCACCUUUUCACUACAGGUGUUGUUUAUGACACGUUCAUGCUGAAACACCAAUGUACAUGUGGAAACACUAAUGUUCACCCAGAGCAUGCUGGGAGGAUCCAAAGUAUUUGGUCCAGACUACAAGAGACAGGAUUGCUAACCAAGUGUGAGAGAAUCCGAGGUCGGAAGGCAACAUUGGAUGAAAUCCAGGCUGUCCAUUCGGAACAUCACACAUUACUAUAUGGAACAAGCCCUUUGAACAGGCAAAAACUUGACAACAAGAAAUUACUAGGUCCCCUUAGUCAGAAGAUGUAUGCUGUCCUCCCGUGUGGUGGAAUCGGGGUUGACAGUGACACAGUGUGGAAUGAGAUGCAUUCAUCCAGUGCAGUCCGCAUGGCUGUUGGCUGUUUGCUGGAGCUGGCCUUUAAAGUGGCAUCAGGGGAACUUAAGAAUGGAUAUGCUGUCAUCCGACCACCAGGUCACCAUGCAGAAGAGUCUACUGCCAUGGGCUUUUGCUUCUUCAAUUCUGUUGCCAUUGCUGCUAAGCUUUUACAACAAAAGCUUGCCAUCAGUAAAAUCCUGAUUGUGGACUGGGAUAUCCAUCAUGGCAAUGGAACCCAGCAGGCAUUCUACAGCGACCCCAGUGUUCUGUACAUUUCCCUCCAUCGUUAUGAUAAUGGCAAUUUCUUCCCAGGCAGUGGAGCUCCUGAAGAGGUUGGUGGUGGGAUGGGUGUAGGUUACAAUGUAAACAUUGCUUGGACUGGUGGAGUGGAUCCCCCUAUUGGUGAUGUGGAAUAUCUAACAGCCUUCAGGACUGUGGUGAUGCCUAUAGCGCACGAGUUUUCCCCAGAUAUGGUCCUUGUUUCUGCUGGCUUCGAUGCUGUUGAGGGACACUUGUCCCCAUUGGGUGGAUAUUCCGUCACAGCCAAAUGUUUUGGGCACCUGACCAAACAACUGAUGGAUUUAGCAGAUGGGCGUGUUGUCCUAGCUUUAGAAGGUGGUCAUGAUCUGACUGCCAUCUGUGAUGCCUCUGAAGCCUGUGUCUCUGCCUUGCUUGGCCUUGAGUUGGAACAGUUGGAUCAAGCUCUGUUGCAACAAAAGCCCAAUUCAAAUGCUAUAGCUACAUUGGAGCAUGUCAUUGAAAUCCAGAGCAAACACUGGAAUUCAGUGAAAAGUUCUGCAGCAAUUAUUGGCUGUUCGUUGCUGGAGGCCCAAAAGGGAGAAGCAGAAGAAGCAGAGACUGUUAGUGCGAUGGCAUCACUGUCAGUGGACACAGAGCAGGGAAAAACAGACUGUGAUGUCCGAUCGGUAGAAGAGCCAAUGGAGGCUGAACCAGUGUUGUGAAGUGCCAAGACUUCAAUUUCUGUAGCUGUCACUCUGUGGGUUUAAUUGGUCAUUUGUGAGUUCGUUAAAACAACAACAAAAUUAUUAUUUUUUAUCUAUUAAAAAGAAAAAAAGGAAAAAAAAGAGUUGCACUGGACAAAAUGAGCCUCUGUGUGUGUGCGUGAUCGUGUCAGUCUCCAAGCAUUUGUUCUCACCAGCAUCACCAUUUUGUCCUGACUCUUUGGAGAUUUGUGAAGGAACUUGGUGAGGGGGCUUUCACAUGGACAUCUCCAUUAUUCCUUUUUCAGAUAUCAUUCCCUCCCCCACUCCUCCCUCCAUUGGACACUAAACCUGUCCCCUUUUUUAGGACUGGAAAAGCCGUUUUGCUUCUGGAGAAAAAAAUAUUUUCUGUCUCUUUGUCUCUCAUACCUACAGUUAGUAAGAGGUGUUAAAGAAAUGUAUUUUUCUCAAAAUCAUUUUUUUCCCCAAUGUUCACGUGGAUCCUAAAUAGUUAUUCAGAAUCUUGAAUCUGGAUGCCCAUUCUGAGCAAGGAAUUGUUGGACUUAAUGAUUUUUAUUGGUCAACUCCAACUCUUGUAAUUCAGUUUCACUUCAUCUUUCUUCUUCCAUAUACAUGCAUAUAUAUUUUUCCUUCCAUUUGUUUGGAAUGAAAGAGAAAUGGAUUGUCUGAACAAAGGGACCCACAGCUGCCUCUUACAUUUUAGAGUCUAGAACAGGAGAAUUUUCCUAUGCAGCACAGAGCCCCAGAGGUUCUACUAUGCUAGGCAGGCCAUCCAUAUUACAUUGAGCCAGACUUGCCCACUUCACCUCUUCCUAAAUCUGAUCCUGAAACAGCAUUCCUCUCUCCUGGGUUCUUUGCAAAAUGAGUUGGGGUUGAAAAUCCCUCCCCCGAGCCCUGAAUUUUCAAAAUGCCUUUCUCCUGACUUUGCAAUUUUUAAUGUUUUCAUUCUCUUUCCUACCCCCAAAUAGAUUCAUAAAUAAUGCUACCUUUGUUGCCUAAAUCUCUCUAUUCAUCUCAGCUCUAAGCUGUUCCUCAAUUUGUAUAGUUCUGGUUUAAGCUCUAGAAAAAGCUCCCAAGGUGGGGAGAAAGGGGAAAAAGUGUGCCUUUAAGUCAUUUUUGUUAAUGCCUUAAUUUCUCUGUAAGUUCAUUUUUACACCAUCCCUCCUCAGUUCUAUCCCUUUUUCAUUUGCCAUCUAGUUAACAAUUAUCCUACAUGAAGACAGAAAGGAAUCACAUAUAUAUCCCCAGCCUCAAUGCAUGUUUUGGCCCUGAUCCUGCACCAGGCGUGUUCAAAGAAACCAUGAAUAUCUCACCAGCCUGGGGAUCAUUGUGGAUGAGCAUUAACUCACUUCCAACACAGUGCAGUUCUGUGUGACUGCAUCAUCACUCAGCUGUGCUUUGAUUUGCACAUCUGAAUUAUGUGCCCUGUUUAUGUCUGCAGUUUUCAAUCUGUCAAGCGAUAUAUGCGAUAUAUGCGUGCAAGCCUAUUUACAAGGAUGGACCUCCUUAGUUGGAUCACUCUGUGUGUCAUAAAAUCCUUUUUGUAACAAAAGUUUUGCAUAUGUGGACUGUUUCAUGACCAAUGCUUUGACAUUCUCUCUUUUCGCUAUUUUUCUUCCUCCUCUACUGUCAUUGUUUGAAAGACUCCUUGUCAUUUAUUGUAAAUAAUUUGAUUUCUUGUAUCACUUGUACAAACUCUGUUUUGAUGAAAGUUUGUCCAUUCAUAAAGAAAAAACAAAGCAAAAGAAAAAGGAGAGAAUUCUUUGCUGUUACUUCACCAGCCAAAAAGAGGGAAAAAAUAGAAACAGAGCAAUUUUAGCUUUUAAAAGAAAUGGAUAUAAAGAAAAAAGGUAUAUAAUUUUAUUACAGAUGUAUUAUUUAAUAGUAUUUUUUUAACUUGUACCAACUCUCCUUUCCUUUGGAAAGUUGAUAGCAGGGAUAAUGAAACAAAGGAAAAGAUGGGGCUUGAUACUGUUUUCACUAACCAGGGCUGCGGGAUUUCUAAGCUGUGUGUGGGAGGGGGAGGCACUUGGGAGGGGGUAAUUGUGUAGAAUGUAAGGCUGUGACAUUUUUAGCUGCACGUGUGGAAACCUUGCCAGGGUCUGUUUUAAGGAUUCCUGCAUUUGUUCAGGUUUAGUCCUCCCAAACGUUCCAUGGUGUGCAUGUGUGAGUGGUACUUCUUUCCAGAUUUUCCUAUAAUUAUUCUUAUAGUCAUGAUGAGUGGAAUGUCGUGUCUUGACAGUGCUAUGUUCUGUUUUCUUUCCUGUUUUUCCUUCUGUGGCAAUGAAGACCACAGUUUCAAUACCAUCUGUUGCCCUGAUUUAUCAAACAGUGCAUGCCUGAAGAUAGCUUCUUUUCAUCACCACAUUAGCCAAAAGCUUUCUGCUUUGGGAGAGAUAUAAGGAGGGUUGGAGACUUUCCCCAUCAACUUGGUAAUGCACACUUUGUCCCACUUGUGGCAGCCUGAGCACUUGCUAGGUACUGUGAUGUACUAUUCCCUCAUACUACGUUUUGGAUAUUUAAAAUUAUCAUGAUGAAACUGGACCAUUCAAUACAAAAAGCAUCGGUGUUCCUUAUCAUUUAGCUCUUAUUCUGAAUUUCAUUACUUUUUUUUAAAAAUCCAAUAUAUACAAGUGUAUAUUUGGAAGUGAGGAAUAGUAAGGAAAACCAGGUUUCAUGGGAAAUGAGAAGCAGUAAAUUAUAUAUUUGCUAGGAAAGGUAUCUGGGUGAUGUAAAAUACCAGUACCACCUAUAGUGUUAAUUACAGCAGCCUUUUGGGUAUUCUUCAAAUGUGUUGGACUUCAGUUUCUAUCUUCUGUAGACCAGAGGGGACAUCAGGCUCAGAAUGACAUUACAGUAUGUCAUCAUUCUCAGAUGGGCCUGUCUGCCCAUCUCUCCCCACCUUGUACCAAAUGAGAAAGCAGCAAAAUAAGUGUGGUUGCUAAUGAUAGAAACCAGAAGACUUGAGUAGGACACACUGCCACUCUUCCAUCCCUCCAUAUCAUCUCUGUAAUUCAGUAGCAUGCACUGUGCAGCCUUCUGCUUACGUUAACACAACUAAAGCAAGUGCCUUUGCCAUUCAUACAGUGACUCAGUUCACACAUUAUAUAAGUUGUACUCUGGUGUAUUUGGUUUUGGUUGAAUGCAGUGUAUGAACAAGACAUUGUGGUUUGUAAAAUGUGAUUCAUGGUUAUAGCAGAGAUCAGCAACUUUUCAAAUGCUCAAAAAAUAACUGUCAUUUUGCAUCUAUACUGGUCUUUAAAUUAUGCUUCGCCAAAUAUGGAGCAAUCAUUAGGUGUAAUUCAGUAAUGAAAAACAAUGUUUUUAAUCUGGGACUUUCAGAUGUAUUGAACUUUUAGUUCUCAUAAUCCUUCAGCCAACAUGGCUUGACUAUUAUCAGAACUGAAAUCCAGCAUGUUUGGAAGACACAAGACUGGGGGAGGCCUUUCUGAUAAGAGGGGAAUGAUUGCUAGGUCGGAUGGUCUGCUGUGCUCUUGUCCAAUUGUCCAAAGCUAUUCAUCUUCAGUGCCAGCCAUUCCAUCCCAUAAUUUCACAUCUGAUUCCUUGACUUUGAGAGAUUGCACUUAUAUUUGGUGGAGAAGUUUCUUCAAACUUUAAAAUGACCUUUUUCUUCUUGGGCAAGGCUUUGUCUUCUUUGCUGCCCUCAAAAGGAGCAAAUAUUUUGUCUAUGAAUUUUAUUACUAUAAGUUGAAUAAAGUAAGUCAGCACAAUCCUAUGCAUGUCUACAGAGAAGGAAACGUUGUUGAAUUAAAUAGGGCUUAUUCACCAGUAAAUGUAGAAAGGAUUGUAACCUAAGUUGUAGUGAAAACAAUAUAUAACCAGUUGGGCAUCGUCCCAAUGGGGAUUUUGAAUUUUCAAGGUAGCUCAUUCACUUGAUGCAGAUAUUGUUUAUAGAAGGCAUUUCUAUGGUUCUGUAAGUAAAGUUCUCUGACUUGAGAAAUUUUGGGCUUCUGAAUGUUGUUGGAUUGUAGCUAUAGUUCCAGCUGCCCAGGAUAAUUUGAGGCAGAAAUCCUAGGAGUUCUAAGCCUGAAAAAGACCAAAACUGAUGGGGCUUGAACUCUCUGGAAGAUUUCCUUUGUUAUAGAAUGAACUCCUCCUCCUUUAAUAUACUGAUACUUUUCCUCUUUGUCCACAUAGGAGAUGCAGAUAUUUCCUUUAUUUGUACAUUCAUGUAUACAUCUUAAUAAGUGUUGCUACAUUUGAUUUAUGGGCGUUAUGCAGUCCUAGAGAUUUGCAGCAGGCUGAUUGCUGGCUUCUGGCUGUAUGCCCACUCCUACACAAGGACCUAGAAACCGUCAGGCUCCCAUUUGUGUGUGCCAUGGGGUAACCCAUGAACUUGUGUGUGCAUUACCAGGGUUGUUGGAAAUAGUCUCUCACCCUAAAAUACACUGCAGGCUUUUCAGUGUCCAUUAAGUCAAUUUCUAUACAAAUGCAGCUUACAUUCAGUGGGCCAAGCUAAUUAUCCAGUGGCAUAGGUAUAAAAAUAUAUUACUCUCCACUACCAUUUUUCUACUUAAUAGAUUCAUAAUCAUGAUAAAUGACACAAAAGCUCUACCACUGCAAUUAUACAAAUCACUCCACCUAAAGUAAAAGACUACAGCUAAAUAUAUUCAUGUAUUCCAUAAAACUUACAAUUAGGAAAUGGUGGUUCCACUUUUAAGCUUUGUUACAUCUACAUUUGUUUCUACCACCUCUUUGUUUAGGUGAGGUGGGGACAAGAAAAUCUCCAUGAACCAUUGUUUUCAUAUUUUUCAUCUUGAGUUUUUUUUUGGGGGGGGAGGGAAUGAAUGGGGAGGAGGGAGAAAGAAACCAAGUUCUGGCCAAGAACAGCGACUACUUUUGAAAAGCCAUUAGUCCUUAGGACACCAGCAUUGAACAACUUUGUGCUACAGUUCCAAUUCCACGAAGUAUUAAUCUGUCGUAGGGAUGGUUAUCGUUGAGAGGAAUAGGACUUUUUUCGUCCUUUUCCUCCCUUCUAAAGAGGCCCCCACCCCAUCCAUGAUAUGGCAAGAUGCCCCACAUGUGGACAAUAUCUGUAGAUUUUUUUUCCUGCUUUCUGUCUCUCUCGCUCUGAAUACGAUUUUCAGUUGAGUAUUUUGUAAGAUGUUGCAAUGUUUGUCCUUGUGUAAAUAAAAUUGUUUCUGGCAAUCUUCUGUGGUAAAAA